AUGCUAUCCACUGUUCAGGAUCAAAGCGUAUCGAACGGUGGCACACCGUUCGGAGCUGAUCGGUACGCGGCCACAGCCGCUGCGGUAGCUGCAGGAGCUGGGUCGAUGAACCAUGGCAAUGGACCGCCGAAACAUGCUCAACUAACAGGAGUGCAACAGCAAGAAUGGCAACAACCUCGAUCACCUUCUCAGCAGCAAGCGGGUCAUCCCCAACAAUCAGAGGGUCAAUCUCAAGCUCCACAGCAGCUCCCUCCGCAACAGAUUCCACAACAACAACUUCCAUCUCAUCAAGCACAACCGCAUCCAUAUGCGACAGCCUAUCCACCGCAAUUUAUGCAAGGCCGGCCGCCUGGUUACCCAUGUUAUCCGGGAUAUCCGGGAAUGCCUCCCAGUCAACCCGGAUAUCCCGGAGCUCCUAUCGGCUACCCACCACAUAUGUUACGACCGCAGCAAACCGAACUCGUUCGAAUGCCGCAGGGACCGACGCCGGCUGAAUGGGCAGCUCAGCAGCAACGAGCAAUGAAG